AUGUCGACCAUUUCCAAACCGGGAACAGCACCGACGACGCUCCAGCAGGCACAGACCAAUGCGUUGCUAUCUCUUCUCAACCUGAACCAACCGCCAGAAAACCCAGCGGCAGCGGCAGCAGGGCCAACAGGGAAACCAUCCUCUGGUUUGAAAACGCCACCCAUUUCUGGACCUCCUGUGUGGAAGAUCCUGGUUCUUGAUCAACAAACCAAGGACGUGUUGGCUACGAUAUUGCGAGUGCAGGAUUUGCGCGACGCCGGGGUAACACUGCACGUACAAUUACAUUCGCUUCGACCAGCUUUACCCGAUGUACCCGCCAUCUACUUUGUAUCGCCAACCCUUCAGAACAUCCGUCGGAUAGCAGAGGAUCUAAAGAAGAACCUUUAUGAAUCUUUCCAUUUGAACUUUGUCGAUCCACUACCCAGAGCGUUAUUGGAGGAACUUGCGGCUUCAGUCGCCCAAGAUGGAACCGGCGAAUUGAUUGAACAGGUCGUCGACCAAUACCUAUCCUUUAUCUCACCAGCGCCUUCACUUUUCUCGCUUCUCCCUCCGCCUCCACCACCACCAUCGAUUCAUGCAAAUGCACCACCAGAAUCUACGACGCCCGUAUCAACAUAUACCAUCCUCAACUCGCCAUCGUCCACAGAGCAACAGAUUGAAGAGGAAGUGGAGCGCGUCGCCAACGGUCUAUUCGCUGCCGUAGCAACACAGGGCCAGGUCCCCUACAUCCGAGCACCAAGAGGAAACGCAGCUGAAAUGAUCGCCAAACGUCUUGAAACCAAGAUUCGAGAUGCGAUCCUCUCAGCCUCGCGACCCAACAACCCUUCCGCUGCCCUCUUCACACAGGAUUCGACUGGUCUUUCGAAUCUUCAGCGUCCUCUUCUUCUCAUUAUGGACCGCAACGUCGAUCUGGUCUCCCCUCUGGCGCAUGGAUGGACAUACCAAGCGCUCGUUUCCGACUGCCUUGAAUUCAAACUCAACCGGGUCACAAUUCCACCAGACGGUCAGGACCCUAAGCGGAACUUCGACUUGGACUCGAAAGACUUCUUCUGGGCUCGGAACGCUGCUAACCCCUUCCCUCAAGUGGCUGAGGAGAUCGACGCCGAGUUGAACAAGUACAAGCAGGAUGCCGCCGAAAUUACAAGGAGCACUGGUGUUGCAGACGCCAAUGAUAUAUCCCAGCUUGACCUAACAGCCAACGCAGCCCACCUCAAGGCCGCCAUUACCCAACUACCCGAACUCACUGCCCGCAAAGCGACUCUCGACACUCACAUGCACAUGGCCACUGCCCUUCUCAAGCACAUCAAGAAACGCGGUCUCGAUGAACUCUUCAGUACCGAAGAAGCCAUCACCAAACAAACCGUCUCUUCCAUCCUUGAACUCCUCCGCACCCCUAGACCAGACGGAGAUUUCACCCCGCUCGACAAACUCCGUCUUGUGAUCGUCUUCUACUUGUCCACACCUGACAACGCAUUAUCGAAAGAGGACAUCACCGAGUUGCAGAAAGAGUUGAAGAAUGCUGGAGCCGAUGUAGCUGCCUUUGACUAUGUGCGGAAGACGAGGGAAAUCCUGAGGAUGACCUCGUCCGUCAGUGUUGGAACUGGAGGUAGCUCAACACCGAAUCUGGGAGGUGUGGCUGGACAGGGAGGGGAACUGUUCAAGGGCUUCAGUGCACUGGGCAACCGAUUGACGGAUAGGUUGAAAGAAGGAGGCUUUGAUAACCUGCUCUCAGGGGUGAAGAACCUCUUGCCGACGAACAAGCUCCUACCUGUAACGCGGCUGACUGAAGCACUAAUGGACUCCUCUGCUGCCUCGAAUCAAUCACUCGCUGAAACCGACGAUUACCUAUUCCUUGACCCUCGAGCACCUAAACAUGUUCAAUUACCUGGGGGCGCGGGAGGAAGCGGCGUUGGGCGAGGGAGGAGGAUGGCGUUCACCGAUGGCAUGGUGUUUAUUGUCGGAGGGGCAGGCUACGUCGAGUACGGCAACCUCCAAGAAUGGGCAUCCAAGGCCGGAAGACGGGUCACUUACGGAGGUACAGACAUCGUCGACCCAACAACUUUCCUCCAACUCCUGGAACACUUGGGCAAAUCUGGUUCGGUAUAG